UAGGAAUAGAUGAGGUAUUUUAUAGAGAUUGCAUUCAUAUUUCCAGAGAAUUCCAAGAAAUUAAUAAAUGUUUUGGAUUUAAAAGAGCUGAUCAUAACAUGACAAAUAAUCAAUUUCCAUAAAUAUUUUACAAUUUUAUUAAUUCCCAUGAUUUUUCCAGCCCUGGAAAUCUUCAUUGUAAAAUUCCCAGAUAUUUCCAGGCUUUUCAUGAGCGCAAGAACCGUGUAUUCAUGUUUUCCUGGAAACAUUUGUUGAUGCUCUAUAUCACACGAUUAAUCCUCAUAUGGGCAACAUCAUAAGCUACAGGAAAGAGUCAUAAAAAAAGAGACCAGAAGAGGCCAUUUCUAAGCUGUAUCAGCUGAUGUUUUUUCUCUUCUGCCCCCUCCUCAGUCCAUCUAUCUCUCUCUCUCUCUCUCUCUCUCUCAGGCACAGACUGUUCUAAUGUUAGUCCUACUUACUGAUGUGACCCACGCUCAUACACAUAGUGGACUUUGUAGCUGUGAGGACCAACCGCACGUUCCUCUUGUUUCUUUCAUUUUCUCUUGAUAGGAGCAAUUAUGAGGACCCAUAGAUGAGGACUACAGGAAGCAAUUCCAGGCGAUUUCCAGGUGAAUUCAUCAUGAUGGAGAAGGACGGAUUCUUUUGGCGUAGACUAGUGGAUGUUCCUGUUUGCUGAGGAACUGUUACAACAACAUUUGGUGAACAAUGCAGACCAGGAUGAACAUUAUAAUUUCCUCAAGUUUGAUGACCCUUUUGAGCCUGUGUGGGACAUCAGCAAGUUGUCCAUCAGUCUGUUCCUGCAAUGUGAACCAAACAGACUGCAGUGAACUUAACCAACUGGCUUCUUUGGACUCCAUCCUGGACCAGCUUCCCUUCAACACAAGCUACCUCAACCUCUCAAAAAACAACUUCACCAUUGUGGAACCUGGGAGCUUUUCCAAUCUCAAUGGCCUGCUACAUCUAGACCUCUCCAGAAACCUUCUUUCCACCAUCAACCCUGGGUGUUUUUCCAAUUUCAGUGGCUUGCUACAUCUAGACCUCUCCAAAAACCUUCUCUCUAGAGUUUUUCCUUCUAGCUUCUCCCAGCUGAACAACUUGGAGUUCCUGGAUCUCUCUGAAAACCUCCUUGUGAGGCUCCCCGUUACCCUGUUCUCUGAUCUUGGCAGCCUAACAGAACUGGUUCUAAGAGGCAACAGGCUUAAGGAACUGAACCCAGACCAGUUCAAAGGCCUAACUGAGCUUAGGCAUCUGGAUCUUUCCUUAAACAGUCUCAUCUCCAUGCCCACACAUCUACUGGAUGGGCUCCAGAACCUAGUGUGGCUCUCGCUUGUGGGCAACAAGCUGAGAACCCUUCAGCGGACUUCACUUGAGCCAGCGACUGCUCUACAGCACCUUCUUCUCGAAGGAAACCCCUGGAAUUGCAACUGCAACUUAAUCCCACUCAAGCACUGGCUGGAAUGGAUCAUAUAUACAGGUGGCGAUAUAGAUUCCGCCAACUGCUCCUUUCCUUCUAAUUUUCAUGGUAAGGAUCUUCGCAGUAUCCCUAUGGACAUGUUCAGACACUGUUACCCCCUCUAUCUCGAGACCAGGAACCCAUCUGCUGCCGAGGGCCACCAGGUACCAGCCGGAUCAGCAGGAGACUGUAUGCGCCAGCGUUAUCGCCCCGUGAGUGUGCGCCGAGCGACCGCCACAGUGGUGAUAGCUGGGGUGGUGUGCGGCGUGGUAUGCGUGCUGAUGGUGGUGACGGCCACCUACGGCUGCAUCUAUGCAAUGCUGGUCGCUAAUGAACAGCAGCAAAUGAUGAUUGGGAACAGCCAGCAGCAACAGCCGCUGAUGGUGGCAAAGGAACCAGAGCAGGAUGAAAAAGAAGAUCUGAUGCCAACUAUCGGAAAGGGAGCAGAAGCCACUGAGUGUGUAGGGUGGAUGGCAUUUCCUCCAGAAGUGUGUGUUUAAAGCACAUGAGGAGUUUUUUGGAGCUUUUUUUUUUUUUAUUAUUGAUGUACAUUGAUUUAUAGAUGUUUAGUUUGGGAGGGAGGGUUGGAGGGCAAAUUGAUCCUACUAAUUGAUUCAAAAAGACAAAAUAUAUAUAAAAAAAUAUUCUUAAGUGGUACUUACUAAAGGUAUCAAAUGAUAUUUCAAGUAAUUUUUUUAUAUUUUCCUAUGAAUUCUCCUAACAAACCAACUCUGCAUUUGAUUUCUUAUGGUUGCUGUCAAUCAUAUGUUAAUUAGCAUAUUAAAUAGUAUAUUUUUCUAAAAUUUAGAAACAGACUAUAUUUUAAAUGUGUAAAUGUUCAGUAUACAAGUAUGAUACAUUUUAACAUUCUGAGCGAUAAUUAUGAUAGUUAUAAGCUGGUCAUUAUGUUAUUAAAAUUCUAUACUAUUUAAUCAAAAUAAAUGGAAAAUUAUAGACUAAAGACUAAAAUCAAUCAUUUUAAAUGCUUUAAAGUGAUUACAUUCAAGUGACGACACAAAUGACAUCACUACAUUAUAAUGUACAAUAUGAAAAUGGAUAUUUAUUUUGAAAUUUGUGAAUAUUUUAGUGAGCAUUAUAUGGUGACAAAGGUAAUCGAAAUGUAAAAAUAGGUGAAAUGAGCAUGAACAAUUAAAUAUUUAAUAUCGGCCAAACAGAAUCCAAAUUUUUGGACACUCCAUUUUGUAUUUAAUUAAAGAUGCUAAAUAAUCACAAAAUUAUAUCCUGAAUGUAAAAUCAGAUUUCAGAAUUCAAACAAUGGCAGACAGAUUUCUUACCUCCAGCAAUAGCUGUUCUUUUCCCUUCAGUCACUGUCACAGAUGUUACCGCCACAAAAGUGUUCCUGCCUGGUGGACAUAGGAUACUGUCAUAUGAUACUGUAGCCCAUGCAACAAAUGUAAACUUUGACAUUACUA